AUGACCCUAAUUGUAUCUGUACUCCUAUGCAAAAAUGAUCUAUCUAUCUAUCUAUCUAUCUAUCUAUCUAUCUAUCUAUCUAUCUAUCUAUCUAUCUAUCUAUCACUCUUCUCUGUUUCUUCAUUCUCCUUUUCUUUUUCUUUUUUCUUCUACCCGCUUUCUUUUUUUUUUACUGCUUCUUUCAUUUAUUUUUUCAUUCUCACUCUCGGUUUUCUCUUUCUUUUCCUUUCCACUUUGUUAGAUUCUUUUCCAUAUAUCCAUAUCAGUUUUUCUUUUCUCCUCCUCUUUCUUUUUAUCACUUCUUUUUUCAUGUUUAGCCAUUUCCUUUUCUCUCUCAUUCAAUUUACACUUUUUUCCACCUCCCCAUUAACCAGGCUCUUUUUUCCGCCGCAUUUUUCCAUUUAUCCGAAAACGCAUUUUCAUUUCCAUAUUUCAGCUAUUCCAACUGUUUUCCAACUAUUCUACUCCAUCUCAUUUUUCUCUCCUUUGUUGUGUCUUCCAUUCUUCAUAUUCUCCUUCAUAUUCUCUUUCAUAUUCUCUUUCUUAAUACGAAUGCAGUAUUUUUCAUUGAUACUUGAAUUUUUUCAUUUGUCAUAUUUCUUCCAAAUAGGCUUUCAAAUUUUUCAUUAUUUCAUUUCAUAUUUUUCCAUCCCCUUUUUGAAUUUUUUCUUCCUCGUCUUUUUUUCCAUUUCUUUACUUCAUUUCCUGAAAGAUUCCAUCAUUCCUUUUUGUCUCUCAUCUUUUAUGCAUUUUUCUGGUGCCAUUUACACGUUUGUCAUCAUUUUGUCCGUUGCUUUUAAAAAUCUUUUCUUUUUUUCUAUUUCUGACUUCGUCUAUUUCUUCAUUCUUUCUACCUUCCGAUUUACCUAUUUCUCACUAACUGCCUAUAUUUCUUUCUUUUUUAUUGCCUGUUCAACCAUUUCUUCUUCUUUAUCUCUUUUGAGUCUUUAUUUCUCUUUAUCAUUCCUCUUCUUUCGUUUCUCUUCCUUGAUCCUCCAGUUAUCAUGA